CCACCAAUGAGGUAGCAGCAAUCCGUAACACAAACACUGACACAUGAUACAAAUGAUCGGCGUCCCAGGGAAGUCAGUCGGAUGUAGAAGCAGGCCUGGCUUGAGCUAGACGUAAGUUGAGCUCCCACGAAUGUGAGCUAUUUGCGGGCUAGGCGGGAACACCAACCAUACUUCAAAACUAGUGGACAAGGCGUAGGGGAGGGGAGCAGCAGACUGUAGCCAUGGAAGGCCCGGACUUGGGCGCGUUCUCGUUCGGGCUGGACGAUCUAGCCGAGGCGUUCGCUUCUCUGUCCAUGUUCCCGAUAUUCGAGAUCGCCCACUACAUACUGAUGUGCCAAGCCGUCAGGUCUGAUUCAGGUGGACUCACCCUGUCCAGGAAGCACCCCCUGGCCAACUGGGUGUGCUGCAUGUUGAUGUGUUCCGCAGGGGGGUUCAUCAGCAGUCUCCUCCUCGGGCUGCCAUUGAUAGGUCCACUCAGCAAGACCCCAAAUGUUCUGCUGGCUUCUGCCAUCUGGUACCUUGAGUUUUAUGCACCGUUCGACCUGUUCCACAAGGCGGUGACAUUCCUACCAAUAAAACUUGUCGUCCUCAGUCUCAAGGAAAUCCGCCGGGCACACAAGGUGCCUGAUGGUAUAGCAACAGCAGCUAAGGUCCAUCCUCAUGGCUAUGUAGCACAUGUUGUCAUUGCUUGUGUCAAAGGUGCUGGUAGUGGCUUCAUGUUAAACUUCCAACGUCUGGUCAGGGGGAAAUGGUCGCCAGAGACAAAUCAGAUUCUUCACCCAACAGUUGUACUGAAGGAGUGCCUUAUAUCUGCUAUCCUGUUCACCACUGGGGUACUGCCAAUCAACCAGGACCAGCUCCUUCUCCUCACCGGCAUUGUCAUGGUCAUUGUCAAGGUCACCUUGACCCUCACAAAUGUCAGCGACCCCUUCAAGCCUAUAGAGAAUGUUCUGUGUAUGCCCAUAUUUGGUAAGGUGGAGGCUAUGGCCGCAGAGAAGAAGAAGAAGGAGUAGAUUUUUCUGAAACUUCAGUAUUUUUGGAAUCAAAGUGACUCUAGCCAACUCAGAAUCAAACAACAAAUGUUAAUGAUGAAAAUGCAUAAUUUUGAUGACAAUUUUCCAAAGAGAGAUUGUGUAGGGAUAGAUUCAGGCAGCACUGAAUGCUGGUCCGAUCAUUAACUACUAUACAAAUAUAUAUUCAAGUUUUAAAUCAAAGUGGUGCUCUGCAGGUCUCCAAAAUAGUGUCAAAUUAGGAUAUUGUUUCAGUGAAAGUGUGCCAUAUCAAUGUUUGAGAGUUUUCAAGGUAGAUUUGAAAGAGACGGUGUGACAUGAGAAAUAUACAUGUAGAACUAUCUUUUGUCAGUUUUGAUGUUGCAACCUUUCCAAACUCAAGCUCUCCAAAAACAUUUAUUUUGAUGAAAGCACAUCUUUCUGGUAACAUUUCCAAAUGUUUUUAUACAAACUGGUCAAGUUUUAUGCUUAUUGUACUGCUGCUUGAUAAUGAUUACCACAUAUCUUUGCAUUUGUGGUUGUUUUAUGAAGGGCUGUCAUACAUGUCCAUGUACUUGGAAACUGUUAGUAUAGCUCAUUGCAUCUUCUCAAUUUUAUGUAAACUUGUUUGUUGGUUGUAGGCAUUGUUUUGGUUUGCUAUACAUCUGUGCAGUGAUGUUUACACAGAGUCUGGAACUGUGAGGUUACUAGUUUUCAGCCAAAAAAGUCAAUGCAGUCAUAUGUAGCACUGAUUACAGAUAUCUGUCCACAUCGGCAUUCAUUUUGGAUUGCUAGAUAGAUUUGUACAAUAUGUCUUGUACAUAUUUAGGUAGAUAACCCUGUAGGUUCAUAGUUGUGUGCUAUUGUUAUUACUCAAAGUACAGCACAAGCAGUCAUUUUCAAAAUUCAGGGAUUCACAUGCCUCCAUUAAACUGAUUGGUGAAAUUUUGGGUUAAUAAACAUAAUGAUAACGGAUAAUAAUAUUUAUGCACAACAGCACAUUGGGACCUUUUUAAGGAUAUUUGUGUGCUGUGUAGAAAUGUGCCAUCAUGUAGGCUUUUUUCUUCUUUUUUUUCACCACUCUAUGGAAGUGUUAAACAAGCUACUUGCAAUGAUGCCCAAAAGAAAUAAUGAUAUUGUAGGUGCCACAGCUAAGACCCAGAGACAAAAUGUACUUGAUACUGAUAGUACUAGUAAGUGAGAUGUAUGAAGUUUUGCUAUAAUGCUGGUGAUAUUUGUAUAUUACUGGCCCCUUUGAUAUACCACGAGACAGCAAUAAAGCAUUUCCUCUGCUAUUA